CCCGGGGCCUCCCUCGGGACGCCUAGGCCCCUCCCCUUCGGAGCAUUGCUCCGCCCCCACUGCCCCGCCCGUGGCCUCUGCCAGGGUGCCGCCCCCUGCUGGCAGAGCCAUGAAGCUGCAGGCGGUGAUGGAAAACCUGCAGCGCCAGCAGCGGGCCCGGCUGCAGCAGGAGAUGGAAGCCCGCCAGCAGCAGCAGCAGGACCAGCUGCGGACUGCUUUUCCGGUACCGGGUCAGGGCCCCGCUCAGCCAGCCUCAGGGGCCGUAGCCCGAGGCCCCGGCCAGGAGCCUCCGCCUUUGGAGGAGGCGGGGGAGCUGGAGAGCGUUCGGAUCCAGCGGGCGCAGAUGGCGGCUCUGGCAGCGAUGCGGGCGGCCGCUGCCGGCCUCAGCCAGUCGUCCAGUCCGGUGGCUUCGGAGGAGAGCCGGUCCUCAGAAGAGGAGGAAGAGCGCGGGGAGGAAGACGAAGACGGGGAGUACCCGCGGGAAAUGGGCUCUGAGGAAGAAGAGGAGGUGAAGGGCAAGUGGGUGGACGUCGAUUUUGAGGAAGACCUGGGAGAGGAGGAAGAGGAGGAGGAGGAGGAAGAUGAUUUCGAAGAGGAUGAAGAAAUGGUGGAGGAAGGACUCUGCUCCGGAGACGCAGCCCGCUCCAGCACAGGCGCCGUGCUUCUCCGAAAACAGCAGGCCCCGCAACAGUACCGGGGGGAGGCUACGCGGCUCACAGGGGCUCAGGAGCGGCUGGCUUCCGGGGCGGCCCACCCUGGCCACGCCCAGCUGCAGCCCCAAGCCCCGGAUCACGGAGACUGGACUUACGAGGAACAGUUUAAGCAAUUAUAUGAACUCGAUGGGGACCCCAAGAGGAAAGAGUUCCUGGACGACCUCUUCAGUUUCAUGCAGAAGCGAGGGACCCCUGUGAACCGCAUCCCGAUCAUGGCCAAGCAGGUGCUCGACCUCUACAUGCUCUACGUCCUGGUGACCGAGAAGGGCGGCCUGGUGGAGGUGAUCAACAAGAAACUCUGGCGGGAGAUCACCAAGGGCCUCAACCUGCCCACCUCCAUCACUAGCGCCGCCUUCACCCUCCGCACCCAGUAUAUGAAGUACUUAUACCCCUACGAGUGUGAGAAGCGGGGGCUGAGCAACCCCAACGAGCUCCAGGCCGCCAUCGAUAGCAACCGGCGCGAGGGACGCCGCCAGGGCUUCUGCGGCUCCAUCUUCACCUACUCGCCCAGCGGCACCCCCGGCAUGCUCUCCUCCCCCAAGCUCCAAGUCCCCGCCCUGGGAAUGGCCUCGGCCACCAACGGCAGCCCCGUUGCCCCCAUGACGAAAAUCAAGAAAGAGGAAGAUUCUUCCAUCCCAAUCACCGUGCCCAGCCGUCUCCCCGUCUCCCUCGCGGGCCACCCUGUCGUGGCGGCUCAAGCCGCAGCGGUCCAAGCGGCGGCUGCCCAGGCCGCGGUGGCUGCCCAGGCUGCGGCGCUGGAGCAGCUGCGGGAGAAGCUGGAGGUGGGGGAGCCCCCGGAGAAGAAGAUGGCGCUCGCCUCGGAUGAGCAGCAGCGGCUGAUGCAGCGGGCGAUCCAGCAGAACCUCCUGGCGAUGACCGCCCAGCUGCCCAUGAGCAUCCGGAUCAACAGCCGAGGGACUCGCUCGCCAGAAAACCGCCAAGAUUCUGCUGCGAACCUGGCCCCCAAUGGCACCAACAGCAUCAGCAUGUCAGUUGAGAUCAACGGCAUCGUUUAUACAGGUGUGUUGUUUGCGCAGACACCUGGUGCGGCAUCCUCUUCUGCCAGCAAAGGGAACACCAACAGCGGGCAGAGUGCCGGUGGUGGGAGCACAGGUGGCGGGAGCACCGCCAGCAGCGGAGGGGCGGCGCCUCCUCAAUCCGGCUCAGCCGCACCCCCGACAUCUACCUCAACCAACUCCUCUUCGCCUUAA